AUGUCCACCAAGUCAAACGAUGUCAGCUUUGAGACUGUUCUCACAGAACUGCAUUACCUGCUAUUGGGAAUACCUCCGGAACCAAAUCUGCCUUUCAUGGAAAAUUCUCAGGACUCACAUUAUGCAUGCUUCCUCAACUUCUCUCUGGACUCUGAUCUGAUGCAGAAGAUCAAAGAUGGGGUUGAGGUAUUCAGUGAACAAUUUAAGUCAGUUUUUGGCUGGCAAACAUGGUCGACUGGAGAUGGAAUCAUACCAAUCGUGGAACACGGCCCAGCAAUAUGUGCUGUUGUUGAUGUGCUUCAGAAGUAUCAUGAUCAGUACCCCUCAAAUGAGGUCAUCAUGAAGUGGGGAAGGGAUGUGCUGAGAGGCGUCAGACAAAUCUAUACAAAGAAGGGGCUGGAUUACCCUUUGGUGCGAGAUCAAUUACCUAGACAGAUUCCACUUCAAUUGAUUGACAGCACAGGUGUCAAUGGAUCCCAAGCUAAACACUUUGAAGCACAAGAGAAUACCAGACCUUCCAAAAAUAGGUGUCCGCUGAGGUUGACCCCUGAUGAGCUCAUGUCAAAGCUUGCAGUGAUAGGAUGCCGAUGGACUAAGCGGGGCAACAGAGUGGAGGCCCGAGUGUACAGCCAUGCUACCAGCUGUGAGCACCUCCAGCACUCUAAGUCCAUAGAGCACAGAACCCUGUGGGAAUGGGCCUGUCUAGCCCAGAAAAGGAGUUCUUUGGGAGCCAAGAUCACAAAACACAAUGACACUGCUUCUGAGUCUGGAAGGGGUUUGCUUUCACAAGAACUGCCCAUCAGCAGAAUCACUCCUAACCUAAAACAGCCAUCGGUUAUCCAUGCUACCAGGGAUGCCAGAAGGAAGAUUCUUACCAGGAAGCAAUUGGAAAUGAAGGCAGACCUCCAGUGCCGGAUCGACCACUGCAUCAUGCGCUUGAUUUGCAUGUGUAGUCUUGUCCCCAAUGCCAUUGAUUCCUCAGAGUGGAAGGAAUUGCUGACCACUCUGAAUCCUGAUAUUCAUCCUAUUAUGAUCAUGUUCUAUCGGGCCUUAAUGGCGGCUGAGGUGUACAUCAAGUGGGCAUCUUUUCCUACCUUACAAACUACUCACACACAGGGCAUGGAGCUCCUAGUCUUUCCUGGCUGGAAGGAGACAAUUAGAGAAGCACAAGAGUAG